AACUGAAACAGGCAUACAAGUCAGCGUACGUGGAUUUUGAUUUUAUUAUUUUGUAAAGAGUGUUUCCACCCAUCAAAGAACUUAAAAAAUGCAUUCCAGGGAACUUGACAUGAGUCUGGAAAGUAUCAAUGUUGACGUGAACGAUUCGUUCAAUCAGUCAGAGCUGGAAUCAUCUUUUGAUGCUAGGGACGUGACUGCUAGCGACUGUAAGAGUGAUAGCCGAUAUUAUAAAGAUCAUCGUCACUCGAAAUCUGAAGUACCCGAUGACAUCAGACUAAGAAUCAACGGCCGUGAAAGACAACGCAUGCAUGACUUAAAUUCGGCCUUGGACAGUCUUCGCCAGGUCAUGCCUUACUCCCACGGACCAUCGGUCAAGAAAAUUUCCAAGAUGUCCACGCUAUUACUUGCCAGGAAUUAUAUUGUAAUGUUAACGAAAUCUUUGGAGGAGAUGCGCAAACUCGUGCAGGACAUGUCGACCACAAAACCAGCGGAAGCGCCAGUGUUGCCAUCUAUUGCUAUCCCUACGGCAACCCACGUAACAGCGCCCCCUAGUGAUUUGGGAGGACACUUUUAUUAUCCAAGUAUACCAACUCCGUCGUCCAGAUUCUCUCCGUACAAGGCCCCAGCAUUUGUUCCUUAUAUGGACCCUCCAACACAAACGUCGACUCCAGUAUCAAAACGCGUGACAUCAUCAAAAAGGUCACUUUCGACUCCGCUGUAUGAUUCUACGAACACUCACACGCGUACCUCAGUGCCAUUCAAACAUUCUGUGUCAGCAAUUUUGGAAGAUAAGAAACCUUCCCAGACAGUUCUAUGUAAACCAACGCCAUCUAUGUAUUCUCUCUGCGACGAUUCACAAGCGAUCCUAUCUGGAGCUGUUUCGAACGUCCAUCCGCAUUUUCUCGGGCUCCCUCGGCAGGAUUGGAAGCCAAUGUAUUGAAAGACAAUAUGGUGAUAAGUGAAUCAGAAAUCAAACUAUGGAACCUUGUUAGUUAUUUGGGACAUCAAUUGUGAUAUAAUAAUGUAAAUACUUCAUAUGACUUUGCAUGCAAUUUUCUACAUAUUUUUCGUAUAUAUGCCUUUUUCUACUCUUUCACUGUCGAUCUAACUGUUUGUAAAUUUUGUAAAAAUCUGUAUAUUUGUUUAAAAUU